AAAAAGUGUGCAUUCACUUCUCACUCGUUUUAUUUAUAAGAAAUAUAUAUUAUAAAGAGAAUUAAACCAUCGUCGAUUCUCUCUCUCUCUCAUCGUCGUCGUCUUCUUCUUCUGCGAGCUCCGAGCAGAGAAGGAGAGAAGGGAGGAUUUAGAGUCGGCGCACGGUGCUUCUCUAAUUUCUUAUCCUGCGCCUCUCCGUUUAUCUUAUCCUGCGCCCUCUGCGCCUAGAUUCGUUGUCUCAUGGAAUCUUCUUCUUCUCCUUCUCUCUCAAAGGAAAAAGACUCUUGUGGUUGUUUUUCAGGAUAAAUUUUCGGGGUUUCUGCAUUGAAAUAAUCUCGUGAUUUUUUUGUUUGUGUGGUGUUGUGUGUAUUUCGUUGAUUUCGAUUCGGAUUUUGUGGGAAUCAAUCAGCGAUUCUCGAAAUGCUUUGGAUUACGAGAUUUUCUGGAUUUUUCUCCGCCGCGAUGGCAGUGAUCGUCUUAUCUCCGUCGCUUCAGUCGUUUCCACCGGCGGCGGCGAUCCGGUCGUCGCAUCUCGACGCUUACCUCCGACCGACGCCGCCAUCGGAUCGGAGUUUGUUAUCAUCCUUCAGGAAAUCCCCGGUGUUUCGCAAUGCCGACGAAUGUGUCUCCUCCGGCGCAGAAUCCGGGAUCUGCAGCCCCUCAUUGGUCCACGUGGCGAUCACACUCGACGUCGAGUACCUUCGUGGCUCAAUCGCAGCCGUCAAUUCCAUCCUUCAGCACUCGAUGUGCCCCGAGAGCGUCUUCUUCCACUUCAUCGUCUCCGAGACAAACCUAGAGUCGCUGGUGAGAUCGACUUUCCCGGAAUUGAAAUUCAACGUUUACUAUUUUGCCCCUGAGACCGUCCGUGGUUUGAUAUCCUCCUCCGUGAGACAAGCUCUGGAGCAGCCGUUGAAUUACGCCAGAAAUUACCUCGCGGAUCUGCUCGAGCCCUGCGUAAACCGGGUCAUAUACCUGGAUUCGGAUCUCGUCGUCGUCGACGACAUCGCGAAGCUCUGGAAAACCGGUCUAGGGUCGAGGAUAAUCGGAGCUCCGGAGUACUGCCACGCGAAUUUCACCAAAUACUUCACCGGAGGAUUCUGGUCCGACGAGAGAUUCUCCGGCACGUUUCGAGGGAGGAACCCUUGUUACUUCAACACAGGCGUGAUGGUGAUAGAUCUAAAGAAAUGGAGACGAGCUGGGUACACGAGACGCAUCGAGAAAUGGAUGGAGAUUCAGAAAACCGAGCGGAUCUACGAGCUCGGGUCGCUCCCACCGUUUCUUCUGGUUUUCGCCGGUCACGUGGCCCCGAUUUCACACCGGUGGAACCAGCACGGGCUCGGUGGGGACAAUGUUAGAGGAAGCUGUCGUGAUUUGCAUCCUGGUCCAGUGAGUUUGCUUCAUUGGUCUGGUAGUGGCAAGCCAUGGCUAAGGCUCGAUUCGAAACGACCCUGUCCUUUAGACGCUCUAUGGACGCCUUACGACUUGUAUCGACACUCGCAUUGACUUGACGCCACAACUCUAGCUGGGUUUUCGCCGUCGCCGCAGCCGAUGGUGCUAUAUGAGGAGAGUAGAGGAGGUCUCAUCGAUCUUGGUCGGUUCGGUUUGGAAGAAAAUCAAAGGUAGCUUUUGUUGUAGAAGAUGAAAACCCUUGCCGGUAAAAUGGGUUUGGUUUAGGGCGGUUAAUCAAAACCGGUGACACAAAAUGAGAUGUGGGAAUAUUUUUUAUUUAUUUUAAUGUGUGGUUUGCCGGCGGGUUGGAUCAUUUUUGUUGGGGAGAAAGAAAAAACCAGAGUUAGGUUAUUCAUGUGGAUGAGAUUUUGUUGUUUUUAUCAUUAAUUUUUAUUUCUCUUCUUAUAAUUUUUUUUUUGGUAUUUCUGUGCAGAUACUUGUAUUUGUGUCCCCUCAUUAAAAAAGGAAAAACUAUUUACCCAA